ACUUCCCCACCAAUUUUACCAGUGUUCGCGGUCCAUCAAGUGUGGCAUCUCAUCAACACACUUCAUUACAUAACUUUCCCCGUCGCCGCAUGCCUACACCACCCCCACCUUACACGGAGGAAUGCCAUCAACCUCUACUAACUGCUGAUGUACGGCCUACUUGCACUACGGAUCCCAAGCCUUCCAUCUUUUCUCGUCAACGGACUUCCUCAGCUUCCUCAUGGGUUAAGAAUGUCAUCUCUCGAUCGUCAUCUAGAUCUUCUCUUCGCCAACAAUAUACGGAAAUACCGCUUAGCCCCGAAGAAAUAGAAGAAGCCGAAAGAAUCAAGUUAGAAAAAGCUCGAAUUGCUCUUGCUGAAUGGAAUCGUAUCAGCGAAGCACUCAAAGAGGCCGGCUUCUGAGAAGCUUGAAACCCUGUAGAAAAUAUGGGAUGUGACUUGCGCCAUUUGUAUAUAAAUGGAUUACUCUUUUUUAUUGUAUUGUUCGAUAGAUUUAUCUCUUUCUUUAUUGUAUUGUUAUCAUAGGUUUAUCUCUGGUAGUAGUGAAACCGGUUUCUUGUCAACAUAUAGAAGGCAAUGGUUCUUUCACUUGAUAAAGCGGAAUACAUUAAACUGUUGAAGACUCACGU